UCAACGUUGAUAACCCUGAAAUCGAAAUUUCACGUUGUCACUACAUCACAGAAUCUCCAGUCUCCAUCAUUAUUAUCAAUCUACCCGUCACGCCGGCAUUGUCGAUCUUUGAUAAGACUGAUAAUAAUGUCUGCAACAAAUAUAAAAACGCUCGCCCUUGAGAACGUGUUGAAAUUGAAAUCGUUCGACACCGUAUUAACCGAUUGUGACGGAGUGCUAUGGAUGCAUAUGACACCUCUGCUGAAUUCGUCGGAUGUUAUGAAUCUGUUUCGCAAGCUCGGCAAACGAAUCUUUUACAUAACCAACAACAGCACGAAGACGCGCGAUGAUUUGGUGGAGAAAUGCAGGGCACUAAAAUUCCAGGCAAACAAGGAAGACAUUUUAUGCACUGCCAAUCUGUCGGCUUGCUACCUUCAAAGUCUAGGUUUUUGCAAGAAGACCUAUGUUAUAGGUUCCGAAGCAAUUGCAAAAGAAUUGGAGCAAGCUGGUAUCUCGUAUUAUGGAAUAGGACCGGAUAUAAUUAAUCAGGAUAGUUCAUAUUCUGUUUUCAAGAAGGAUCCAGAUGUAGCUGCGGUUAUAGUUGGUUUCGACGAACAUUUCAGCUAUCCUAAAAUGGUAAAAGCAGCUACCUAUUUAAAUGAUGCCAGUGUACAUUUUAUCGGUACCAAUACGGGAAGAUUUCCGGUUUCAAGUGAUGUUGUUAUACCUGGUACAGGUAGUCUAGUUAGAUGCAUAGAAAGCUGCUCGGAAAGAAAAGCGAUAAUUAUGGGCAAACCAGAUCAAUACAUGGCUAAGAUGUUGAUGGAACGAUCUAAUAUUGAUCCCAAACGUACUUUGAUGAUUGGAGAUCGCUGCAAUACUGAUAUACUUUUUGGAACUCGUUGCGGUUUUAUAACGCUAUUAGUCCUGACAGGAGUGACCGCUUUGUCGGACGUUGACAGGUGGAAGCAAUCCGAACAACAAGAAGAACGGGAUCUUGUACCCAAUUAUUAUAUAGAUUCGCUGGGUGACUUAUUACCAUAUUUAAAGAAAUUAGAAUCUGAAAUAUCUUAACUCUCUAUGAGAUUUA